AUGUAUGAAAACCCGAAGCUCGACUCUGAGACAUAUCAAAAGAGUCGGUCUUCGGCAGAAAAGGCGAGGGGUACCAGUGAUCUCGUCCCGUUGACAUAUGAACCCCUGCCUCUUGGAAGUAUAACACCAAACGGAUGGCUCAGAACGGAGCUUGAAGCCUCCGCGGCAGGACUAGGAGGUCAUUUAUACGACUUCUAUCGCUAUGUUGCAAACUCAUCAUGGAUAGGCGGCGACCAAGAAUACAGUGGCCUAAACGAAGCCCUACCAUACUGGCUGAACGCCAUAGUCCCGCUUGCCUAUACACUUCAAGACGAGCGUCUCAAAGCCGAUGUCAAAACAGUCGUCAGCAAAAUCAUUGACUUGAUUCAACCGGAUGGCUGGAUCGGACCUGAAACACUUGAAGCGGGAAACCGUCUUAUCUGGGCACGAACUCUAGUCUUUUUGGGAUUGACGAAUCUUGUCGAUGCCGACCCCGAAAUCUACGAAGAAACCGUUAUCAAUGCGCUGUAUCACUUCAAUGAAUUGAUGAAUUCCAUGUUGAAGAACAAUGGUACGGGGAUGAUCUAUCAUGAUGGCGAUCAGACUAGUGCGGAUGAUUUUGUUUGGUUCCGGUCUAGGUCACCAGAUAUGGUUGUUUCUUUGCAGUGGAUGCUUGAUCAUCAUCCUGGGAACCAGAGUGAGAUUUUGAGAGAGAAUAUUCAAUUGAUCCAUGAGUAUUCGUUCAAGUGGGAGGGCUGGUAUACUGAGCAGAGUUAUAUCAAGGAGGACCUCAAUAUUGUUCCGCAAGAUCUGGCGGAUCAGGAAUGGCCGUUUUUGCAUGGUGUUACUGUUGCUGAAGCUCUGAAGUAUGCAGCUGUUUUUAGGCGCUCUACUCACAACGAUAGUCUGAUUACUACUGCUAAGAAUGGCGUUGACUGGACAUUCAAAUAUCACGGCUCAGCUUCCGGCUCAAUCCUAGCUGAUGAACGUCUCGCUGGUCUGGAUCCAUUCUAUGGAUCUGAGCUCUGCACAGAUGUUGAAACAAUCUACUCACUCGCCUACAACUACUUCGCAAUCGGCGAUCCAGACUAUGCAGACCGCGCUGAAUUGGCCGCGUUCAACGCCUUACCAGCAGCAAUGUGGCCAGAUUGGACGGCUCAUCAAUAUAUGACUGAGCCAAACCAACCGUUUUCUAAAAGGCUUUCUGCAUCGCCUUUCUGGAAUGUUAACACUAUUGGCCAAACAUUUGGCGUUGAGCCUAAUUAUCCUUGUUGCACUGUCAACCAUCCUCAGGGAUUUCCAAAAUUCACGAUGUACAGCUUCCUCAAGAACGGCGAAAACGGACUAGUUCACGCUCUUCUCAGUCCCGGAAAGGUAAACACCAAGAUAAAUGACAAAGCGGUUAGAGUCGACUGUCAAACCGACUAUCCGUUCAACACGAGUCUUUCAUACACAAUCGACAGUGAAACACCAUUUGACUUCUACCUUCGCGUCCCACAAUGGUCAACAGGGAUUAAGAUAAACGACAAAGCACUCUCAGUCGACACAAAGACAGGUCUGACACAACUCCAAAUCCAACCGGGAAAGACAACCCUCAACUACGUCAUCGGCAUGGAAAUCCAAACUCAGUCAAGAGCGAACGAUACCGUAGCCAUCUACCACGGUUCAAUCCUCUACAGUCUAUAUAUCGACCCAAUAACAACAAGCACGCCACCAACCUACUACAAUACACAACAAGAAUGGCCAGAAGGAACAUACCCACCACAGAUGCAAGAUCAUUCCAUGACAAAUGGCACAGAGUGGAAUGUAGCUAUUGACCCAUCGACUUUGACUUUCCACUCAGGAUCUGGGUCUUUGCCUAGGCCUACUUUUGAUGAUGGAAAAAUGCCCAUGUACAUCACUGCAAAGGCUUGUUUGAUUGAUUGGCCUUUGUUUAAAGGGGCUGUUCCUGCUUCGCCGCCGGCGCUAGGAGAUAGGCUUUGUCUUGGGGAAAGUUUCGUUGCGAGGCUAAGACCGUAUGGAGGAUCGAAGUUGCAUAUGUCUGAUCUUCCUAUUAUUGAUAUUGAGAAUUAG